AUGGAGGAAAUUCCCGCGAGAGGUAUAGGUGAUGGUGAAAUAGAACCAGGAAUCCAGGAGAUUCACUCACAGAGUCCUGAAACUCCUUCUGAAAUCGAGCCUAGUUUACAAGAUUCGGACUUCACAACGUCUGAUUCUGAUUCUGAUGAUGAUGACUCAAGUGACGACGAACCAGAUCAAGAAUAUGAUCUUGCCACCACCAUCUUGAAUGAAAUCAAAGAUGAGACAUAUAUUUGUUUAAUUUGUACCUGUGAAGUGGGUCCUGGUGGUAAAUUUUGGUCUUGUGGUGAUUGUUACAGAGUUUAUCAUAUGUCAUGUAUUGAAAGUUGGUCUAAAAAGGGAUCUUCAACUGAUGUUGAAGGGAAUUGGAAAUGUCCAGCUUGUAACUCAAAACAUAGAAAGCAAAAAUUCCAACAUAAAUGUUGGUGUAAAAAAACUUUACAUCCUCCAAACAAUCCUCUAAAUCCUGGUAGUUGUGGUCAAAGUUGCGGUGUUCCAUUAAAUGGAUGUAUUCACAAAUGUCCACUUCCAUGUCACCCAGGUCCACAUGCUGAAUGUAAUGCACUUGGUCCAAUUAUGAAAUGUCGCUGUGGUAAUCAUGAUAAUCAAUGGCCCUGUGUUAUGACUCCAUAUUUAGAUGGUUGGCAAUGUGAAGAUAUCUGUGAAGAAUUGUUGCCUUGUGAAAUACAUAGAUGUGGUAAGACCUGUCAUGACGGACUUUGUGGUAAAUGUGAACGAUUCAUUGAAAGUAAAUGUUACUGUGGUAAUACAACUGAUAAUAUAAAAUGUCAUUCCAAACAACCAAGGAAAAGUUUUGGUAAAACUAAAGAUGAUAAUUGGAUUGGUAAUUUUCAAUGUUCUGUAUCCUCAGAAAUCACUUAUGAUUGUGGUAAUCAUUCAGAGCUCAAAUCCUGUCAAAGUGUUAAGAGGAAAGCUGCACAUUGUCCUUUAAGUCCUGAUAUUAUCAAAAAUUGUCCUUGUGGUCAAACAUUAAUUGAAGAUUUAAAUGAAGGUACCAAUAGAAGUUCAUGUACAGAUCCUAUUCCAACUUGUGAAAAAAUUUGUGGUAAAACAUUAGCUUGUGGUCACAAGUGUAAAUGGGUUUGUCAUCAAGGUGAAUGUUCACCAUGUUAUGAAAAUAUCAAAUCAGAUUGUCAAUGUGGGUUCAAUACUUUUAUUAGUCCAUGUAAAUUUUUAAUGGAAUUUUCUAAGCCAACAUGUUCAAGAAAAUGUACUUCAUUGUUAUCGUGUCGUCGUCAUAGAUGUAAUAAGAUAUGUUGUCAAGAUGAAAAAGAGGCAAUGAAUCGUGAAAGAUUGAGGAAAAAAGGUAUUAGACAUAAUACAAUUUCAACAAAUAAUCGUGGUAACAGAGAUAAUGAAGCAUUUAACAUUGAAGCGUCUCAUAUAUGCUUACAGAUAUGUAACAAAAAGUUAACAUGCGGUAAUCCUGAUCAUUUGUGUCAACAAACUUGUCAUACUGGUCCUUGUCCACCAUGUCUUGAAUCUUCAAACGAUGAUUUGAUUUGUCAUUGUGGUCAAACUGUUGUCAUGGCACCUGUUCGUUGUGGUACACAACUACCUCAAUGUUAUUCACAAUGUAUGAGGGAAUUACCAUGUGGUCAUCAACAAAUGCCUCAUAAUUGUCAUCCAGAUGAUGUUCCAUGUUCAAGAUGUACCAAAACUGUUGAAAAAUGGUGUAAUUGUGGUAAAAAUAAACUGAAAGCUAUGUGUUAUCAAACUGAAGUAUUUUGUGCUGAAAGAUGUGGGAAAAUUUUACCUUGUAAACAUCAUUGUAUUUCAAAUUGUCAUAGUGGUGAAUGUAUUUGUCGUUCUAUCUGUGGGAAAAAGAAAAAAUAUUGUUCACAUGUUGAUAGAUCACCAUGUCAUUUCCCAUCAAGAUGUAAUGAUACAGGAAUAUGUAACCAAAUGGUUAAAUUGACUUGUAAAUGUGGAAGGUUAAAGAAAGAUAUCCCAUGUGGUGCUAAUUCAUCAAAGACAAGUUGUGAAGGAACCACUCUAGAAUGUGAUGUUUCUUGUAUUGUUCAAGAAAGACAAGAACAAUUAGAGGCUGCUUUUGGUGUAUCAAAAUUAAGUGUUGAGCCUAGAAUCAAGGUUGAAGAUUUGCCGUAUACACCAGGAACUCUUAAAACUUACAAGUUACAAACUAGGUGGUGUUCAAACAUUGAAGAUACUAUCAAAAGAUUCAUGAAGUCAACAGAGAACAGUUAUCAUUUCAAGCCUAUGAGAAAAGAACAACGUCUUUUUAUUCAUGAAAUUUCAGAUGCUUACAAGUUAUUUUCGGAAUCGCAAGACCCAGAUCCAAGAAGAAGCGUGUUCAUUAUGAAACGCGAUGAUUCUAUCACUUCACCAUUGUCAUUGGAGAAAUCAUUAGAAAUUUAUGAAAAUCAUUUGAAAGAAACUGCAAAAACAUCAAAAAGUGUUACGCCUGAGGUUUCAGAACAGGAACAGUUUGAUCAUAAUGCAAUCAUAAUUCAAGAUUGUAUCCCUGGUGUUACAAGACCAGAACUAGAAGAAACGGUGAUUCCCAUCAUGAAAGAAAGUCCACUGGUGAAAAAUCCUAGAUUUUAUUGGGUAGAAGCUGAUAAUUAUUUGAUUUUACCUGAAGCACAUAUGAAGGUUACCAGAACUGUUGAAACUGAAUUAAAAUUAUUGGUGCCAACAUUAAAAGCUAUGUUAUCUACUAAGUUUUUGGCCAAUACUGUCAAGUUAGCUAAAGUUGACUCUCACUUCAACAUUGUUGCCAUGGAAGAGUAG